AUGGGAAAGAAGCAGGAGAAGAAGACGGCCAAGGGCCGUCUGGACAAGUUCUACUGGCUGGCAAAGGAGCAGGGCUACCGCUCGCGUGCCGCCUUCAAGCUGGUUCAGCUCAACAAAAAGUACAACUUCCUCGAAAACGCUCGAUGCUGCAUCGACCUCUGCGCCGCUCCAGGAGGAUGGCUGCAGGUGGCCUCCAAGUUUAUGCCCCCCAACUCGCUCAUCGUCGGCGUCGACCUCGACCCCAUCAAGCCCAUCCCGCGCUGCAUCACCUUUGCCGAGGACAUCAACUCGUACAAGUGCCGAGACCAGCUCCGCCAGCACCUCAAGGACUGGAAGGCCGACGUCGUCAUCCACGACGGCGCGCCCAACGUCGGCACCGCCUGGGUCCAGGACGCCUACGCCCAGUCCGAGCUCACCCUCCAGUCGCUCCGCCUCGCCGUCGAGUUCCUCCGCGCCGGCGGCACCUUUGUCACCAAGGUCUUCCGCUCCAAGGACUACAACAACCUCCUCUGGGUCUUCAACCAGCUCUUCAAGAAGGUCGAGGCCACCAAGCCCGCGUCGUCGCGUAACGUCUCCGCCGAGAUCUUCGUCGUGUGCCAGGAGUACAAGAACCCGGCCCGCAUCGACCCCAAGUUCCUCGACCCGCACCAUGUCUUCAAGGACCUCGACCCGACCGCCAUGACCACCGAUGGUACCGCCGUCCCGGACAGCCUCAAGGGCACGUCGAUGGGUAACGCCGCCGCCAACGUGCUCGACCCCAAGAAGCACCGCAAGAACCGCGAGGGCUAUGCCGAUGGCGACUACAUCCUCUUCCGCUCCCUCGACGCCAUCGACUUUAUCCGGGGCAUCGACGUGAUCGGCAUGCUCGGCAGCAACAACCAGAUCACGUUCAAGAGCGACGAAAGCCGCGAGCUGCUCAAGAAGGAGGCCACCACCGACGAGAUCAAGGCCAGCUGUGAGGACCUCAAAGUGCUCGGCCGCAGGGAGUUCAAGACCCUGAUGAAGUGGCGCAAGGAUCUGCGCAUCGACAUGGGCCUCGAGCGCGCCAAGAAGGAUCUGACCGAGGCGACCGAGACCGUCGAGGUCGAGGAGAUGGACGAGGACGAACAGAUCGACGACGAGCUGGCUCGCCUCAACGAAGAGGCCGCCAAGAAGGCGCGAAAGGAGAGGCGGAAGCGCAACGAGGCGAGGCAGAAGCGCAUCAUGCAGCUCCAGCUCCAGAUGACGACGCCGAUGGACAUCGGCAUGGAGCUCACCGACGACCAGCUCGCCAAGGGCACCGACGACUUCUUUGACCUCGGAGAAACCGAGAAGCGCUCCAAGACGGGAGCUGCUGGCCUCGACGACGACUUCGGCGACAUGCCCGAAGACGAGGAGGAGAGCAGCGUCACCGUCGUCGGCUCGGCCGACACCGACGACGACGAGGACGACGAUGACGAGGAGGCGCGGCUGCGUCGGCUGGAGGGCGAGAUGGACCAGAUGUACGAGCAGUACCAGCAAAAGAUGCAGGAGCGCGACGCCAAGUACCGCGUCAAGGAGGCGAGGCGCAUGGACCCUGCCCGCGACGAGUGGCACGGCAUCCGCGACAGAAAGGGCGGCGACGGCGACGACGACGACGAAGAGGGCAGCGACGACAGCGAGGGAGGCUACGACAUCGUCGAGCGACGCAAGCAGCAGGAGGAGACGUUCGACACCGACGACGAGGAGGACGAGGAGGACGAGCGAGCGGAACGGGCCGCACGGAUGGCGUCGAAGCGUUCUGCUGCCGGGUCCGGGUCGUCCAAGACGCGCAAGCGUGCUCGCUUCGGCAUCGACGAGUCGGCCGACGGCUCGGCAGAGCAGAAGCGUGUCCUGCUCAACACGCUCGAGGGCAAGGAUGCCCUUGCCGCACGGCAAAGCCGCGAGGCCGCCAUCUGGUUCGACAACCCGCUCUUCAAGGACCUGCAGCCCGUCGACGUCUCCCCGCAGGCGCAGGACGAUGAAGACGACGACGACGAGGCGGAGGAGGAGGAUGAAGAUGACCAGGACAGCGGAGCGGAGGCCGAGGCUGUCGAUGAUGACGAAGAGGAGGAGGAGGACGACGACGACGACGACUUCGAGAUCGUGCCGCAGGAGCAGCACGAGACGGCCGACAUCCCCGAAGACGAGUGGGACGACUACGGCUCAGACGAGGAGGCGGCCAAGCAGCGCUACAUCAAGGAGCACGGCCUUCACACGGCCGAGGCCGUGGCGCUGGCCCAGGCGCUGGUCAACAAGCGCGUGACGAAGCAGGAGCUCAUCGACCGAGGCUUCAACAAGACGAGCUUCCACGACAAGUCGGACCUGCCGGCGUGGUUCCUCGACGACGAGCGCAAAUUCUACAAGGCCAACAUCCCCAUCACCAAGGAGGCCGUCGAGGCGCUGCGGGAGAAGCAGCGGGCGCUCGACGCGCGGCCGAUCAAGAAGAUUGCCGAGGCCAAGGCGAGAAAGAAGAUGAAGGCGGCGCAGCGGCUGGAAAAGGCGCAGAAGAAGGCCGAGGCCAUCAACGACAACGAGGACAUCUCGGAGAAGGAGAAGGCCUCGACGAUCAACAAGCUGCUGGCCAGCAGCGUCAAAGCCAAGCAGCGCAAGCAGGCGGCGCUCGUCGUGGCCAAGGGCGUCAACCGCGGAGUCCAGGGCCGACCCAAGGGCGUAAAGGGGCGGUACAAGAUGGUCGACCCGCGCAUGAAGAAGGAGAUGCGCGCCCAGAAGAGGCUCAACAAGAAGAUGGGCAAGAAGAUGAACACGUCCAACAAGCCCCGCACGCCCAACGGCUACGGCGGCAGGUGA